UUUUAGUCUCGAGUCUUCGUCUACAUAAUUUCGUCAAUGGAAAGCGAAGGAGAAAAAAGAAAACCGGGUAACAACGACGUCGUUUCGACAUCCGCAACGAAGAAGCCGAAGGAGGAAACGGAAGAGUUAACGGAGGAGGUAGCGGAAGAGGAAGUGGAAGAAUUCUUCGCGAUAUUACGACGUAUACACGUCGCCGUUAAGUACUUCAACAAAGUUGACGGAGCUAGCACUAAUGGACGGAAAAUGACGGAGAAUAUCCAUAGUAAAUUCUCUGACGAUAUCGUCGGAGAUAAUGAAGAGAAAGAGAAAAAAAAAGAUGUUGAAGAAAAUAAUAAAGGUUUUGAUCUUAAUAUGGAGCCUAAUGAUCCUCAUGAUCAUGAGAAUAAUUCAAGUUGAUAAUAUAUCUUUUUUACGUUUUAUUGUCGAAUAAUUAAUAUUGUGAUUCUUUUUAAUAAUCAUCCGUUAUUUGAAAUUUACUGA